AUGGAUUCAUGUGAUGCGGGGCUUACAAACGACUGGAAAAACACGAAAGAAGCUGUUGCAAACUUUCGAAGUCUGCUUCUCUGUUCAAAAUGCUCUCAGUUAAUGAAGGAUCCUGUUUGCCUCGGAACAUGUGAACAUAUGCUAUGCAGGUCCUGUGCUGGCCCAAAGGCAGGCGAUGGUUGUGUGGUGUGUCAGAGCCCUUCCUGGGUAAAAGACAUUCAAAUCAACAGACAGCUCAGCAGUAUCAUAUCCCACUUCUGUGCCUUGGAAUCGAUAUUAAACCCCAAUGGAAAACCAGACUCCUCCAAAGGAAUACAAGCAGAAAGCGAGAACACAGUCUUAAAACACAAGAAGAACUUCAAGAUUUGGUUCAGUCCUCGCAGCCGCAAAGUGCGCUGCAUGUUGGAAACGGCUCCAAAAUUCUUCAUACCUGAAAGCAAGAAAAAAACAACUGAAGCACAGCCAAGUGCUCCCAUGGCUAAAGUCGGCGACCUGACAGUUUUCAACUUUGCCUCAUCUUCCCAGGACUCUUGCUCCUCUUCUCCAACAUCCACUAAAAACGGUAAGAAAAAGAAAAAGAGGGUCAAUGAGAAAAACAUUGGUGGAAAAAAGAAAACUCUGAGAAGAACCACCAAGAAACAACAGAAUGUCACCAUAAAGAAGACCCUCGAAGCUAUAAACGAGCAAUGGGGGAAGACCGAAGAAUCAGUGAAAAGAAAGUCGAGUAAAAAGGUUUCAUUCUGCAGUCCUGCUGAAAAAUAUGACAAUAAUCUCAGCCUUGUCUCUGGCGAUAGCACCUUGAAAGACAUACUUAAAGAGGGUAGCAUCGCUGCACCGAACAACUCAAACUUACUUUGUCAGAAUGAAUCAGACAGUGUUCAGGACACACUGCUAGAUUCUUACGCCAUCCCAAUAAAGAAGCCUACAAAACAGGCCAAUCUAUCGCCUCCACAGCGUUCCUCGAAACGUUCAAAGUCUGAGGAUGAAACCAUCACCCUGGAGACUACACCAAAAAGGAAAGCAGUAUCACCAGGCACCUGUCAGAAAUCACUGAGUCACUCACUUGCUGAUGCUAUUAAUUCUCAGUCCUUGUCCAGCCCGAUUGGUAAACGAACCCCUCAAAGAGAUGGAGGUGAAAGUCCCCCUAGUGCCAGUACUGGCAUGGGUAGAAAAUCUCCCUCUUCAUUGGGACGCUGUAACUCUGGGACUGCAGCAGUCAUGAAGAAAAACCACAAAGGAGAGACCCCGCUACAUUUGGCCGCUAUAAAGGGUGAUGUUGAAAGUGUCAAGGAACUAUUGGACCAAGGUGCUGACCCCAACUUGAAGGAUAAUGCGGGAUGGACACCGCUGCAUGAGGCUUGCAACCUAGGUCACCUGAUGGUAGUGGAGGCACUAUUAUCAAGGGGGGCCUUGUUGAACACUCCCGGCUAUGAAAACUACUCUCCACUUCAUGAUGCUGUGCGCAAUGGGCACAUAGCCAUCGUCAAAUUGCUGCUACAGUUUGGAGCCUCACAGAGUGUGCUUAAUCUUCAUGGCAAACGGCCUGCAGACUACGCUGUAAGUCAGGAGAUGCUCGACAUUUUCCAGGAAGCGUCUGGGGAACCCCAGGAUGCUAAUACAUCUAUGAAUAGCCCGGCCAGUCUUUCUUUAGUGGAUAGCUGUGUGAAGCAGGAUGAAAUUGUUUUGUUUCUGUCAAGCAAGCUGCAGCAAACAGGCCAGCAUCAGUUUGCCAAGCUGAGCCAGCUUUUGGACGGAAGGAUAACAGACUCCUUUACUUCUUCGGUAAGUCAUAUUGUGGUGCCUGAAGGACCCACGCUGCGUACUUACUCCAUCCUCCUUGGACAUCUUGCUGGCUGCUGGAUCGUCAAAUACAGCUGGGUGGAGGCUUGUUUGCAGGCAGGCAAGCGGAUGCCAGAAAACGAGCACGAAGCAGGAGAGGGCCCCCGGCGCAGUCGCAUCAACCAAUGCAGUUUGCUCCCACCUCUCUUCGACGGCUGUUUCUUCUUCCUCUUGGGCUCCUUUAAGUCACCUAAAAAGAAUGAGCUGGCCAAUCUGCUCCGCGAAGGAGGAGGUCAACUUCUGAGUCGGCAGCCCAAACCUGACAGUGAUGUGACUCAAACACUAAAUGCUGCUGCCUACCACGCUAUGCCAGGAUCAGACCAGGCUCUCUGCACCCAGUAUAUCAUCUUUGACCAGCAGGGCCCACAUAAGCCAGCUGUGGUUCGAAGGGGCAAAGUGUGGUCUGCUCCCUCCUCAUGGAUCAUCGACUGUAUCGCUGCUUUCCAACUCCUUCCUGUACCAAACCUUGCAUCAGAAUAG